AUGCCCGCUCCUCUACAUUCACGUCCUCACAAUCCCUCCUUUGCUCCUGGGCAGGAGGAAUAUUCAGAUCCACAUGGGCCCCGAGUUCAUGUGUCAAAUGAAGAUGAGGAUGCGAUUGCUGAGAUCCACAGGACGUUGACUAACCCCAGAGCUAACCAUCAAUACUCGGAACCUCACUCCUCAUUCGACAAAUUCUUGGAAGAGCAAGUUCAGAAUGGAAAACGACAUGCCAAUAUUGGUGUAUGCUUUCAAUCUGUCUCGACCUGGGGAGAGGGAAAUGGCCAUGAUGAUAUUAAGACGCUGGGGACUGCCUUGUGGCGAACUUUGACGCUACAGGAUAUCUAUGAAUGGACCAUAUUGCCAUGGAUAAAAACCAAGAGGCCACAGGAGGGACGUCCGCUAAUCAGGGAUUUUUCGGGGGUAGUGCAGAGUGGAGAGAUGAUGCUUGUUCUCGGACGACCAGGCUCGGGCUGUUCGACCUUUUUGCGGACAAUCGCUGGCCAUCAUUCCUCGUUUCUAGGAGUAACAGGCUCCAUUGACUAUUCCGGGCUAUCCCACGAGGAAAUUCAAACACAGUAUCGUAACUCUGUGACCUAUGUACCUGAGGACGAUGUUCACUUCCCGACUCUAAGCGUGCGUGAGACGCUGGAAUUUGCUUUACAAAGUAAAACACCCAAACGACUUCAAGAUCGAAUCCCGCGCUACCUAGAAAUCUACGGCCGGGUGUUUGGGAUGAGCCAUACCAUGGAAACCUUGGUAGGCAACGAGUACAUUCGAGGCGUGUCCGGUGGUGAGCGCAAACGUAUCUCAAUCAUUGAGUCUUUAGCCACAGACUCAUCGGUGACGUGCUGGGACAAUUCAACUCGCGGACUAGAUGCUUCCUCUGCUUUGGAUUAUGCUCGCAGUUUGCGCAUCAUGACCGAUACUUGCGGGAAGGCCACAUUGCUUACUCUAUACCAAGCAUCAGAUGCUAUAUACGAGCUAAUGGAUAAAGUGAUUCUCAUCGAUGAAGGCCGAAUGCUUUUUCAGGGUCCUGCAAAUGAGGCCAAGAAGUAUUUUGAAGACCUGGGCUAUCAUUGUGCUCAUAUGCAGACCACUUCUGAUUUCCUAACGAGCAUUACAGUCCCUGAGCGACGCAGGUUUCGACCGGGCUGGGAAGGCCGGGCCCCAAAAGGACCCAUUGAAUUAGAGGCAACAUUCCGACAAGGCGCAGCAUUUAAGAAAGUUGAAGAUUCUAUCAAGCAGUACGAUGGGGAACGAGACAAAGGAGACUCUCAGGCUACAUGCAAUUCUGAUUCAGAAUGUGGAAGUAUCGAGGAGAUCAAACGCGCCGUGCAGAGUGACAAGUCGCGCUUUGUAUCAUCCAAAUCGCCAUAUACAAUUUCCCUUUUCCGCCAAGUUGUCUUAUGCACUAAGCGUCAGUUAUGGCAAUUGAAGGGUCAUAUGGGCCCUUUAUAUAUCAAGAUGAUAUCUGCUGUGAUCUAUGGAUUGUUAAUCGGAUCGAUGUUCUAUGAUCAGCCUCAGACUACCGACGGGAUGUACUCACGCGGAGGCGUCUUGUUCUAUUCAUCUAUCCUACUUGCCUGGCUACAAAUGUCAGAACUAGAAGAUGCGAUUCACGGGCGCGACAUCAUCAGCCGCCAGAAAAACCUGGCAUUUGUUCGGCCGACCGCAGUUUGUUUGGCUCGUGUUUUACAAGACAUGGUCAUUAGCGCCCUGCUGACCUUCUUAUACUUGAUUGUGUUAUAUUUCCUCUGUGGACUACGACCAGAGGCCGGGCCGUUCUUCAUUGAUUUCUUGUUCAUCUACAUGAGCACCAUAUGCCUUACAGCGCAAUUUCGUGUCUUCGCAGCAUUAUCUCCAAAUUUUGAGGUUGCGUUGCGAUAUUGUGGUGUAUCUGUUUUGUUUUGCAUCGUCUUUGGUGGAUAUGUCCUGUCCAUUGAUAAUAUGAUCAAGGAGGUCCCCUGGGUUGGAUGGAUUGCGUAUACAACACCCGCUUUAUACACCUACGAAGCAGUUAUGGCGGCGGAGUUCCACAACCGAGAAUUUACUUGUGCUGCUGGGUCUGUUGUUCCGUCGGGUUCUAAUUACACUGAGAUCACAUACCAAACCUGCGCGUAUGCUGGAGGCAAGAUCGGCAGUACGGUAGUCAAUGGCGAUGACUACUUGGCCACGCAAUUCGGAUUUUAUUACAGCCACGUUUGGAGAAACUUUGGAAUUCUCUGUCUCUUUACAGUAGCCUUUGUCAUAUUGACGUGUUGGCUGAGUGAAUGCUUGUCCUGGGAGUUAGACAGUGCUGGCCCAGUACGGUAUAAGUCAUCAUCUCAUUGGCCUCGACGACGAAAACAAACCCCCAUCAGCCCCGACGAGGAACAAGUAACGGUUCCAAUUAACAACAAGGAAUCCCCAGCUGGGUUCCCACAUGAAAUCUCGGACAGCAAGUUAGCCGCCACAGAAUCCACCUUCACCUGGGCUGAUCUUGAUCUGGAUGUGAAAAUUGGCAAAGAGUCACGAAAGUUACUGGAUGGAGUAUCAGGUUUCUGCAAACCAGGAAGCUUAACAGCCCUAGUUGGUGCUUCAGGAGCAGGGAAAUCAACACUUUUGACUGCUCUUACUCAACGACCAUCUGCUGGUAAUUUGUCAGGCACUUUCUAUGUGGACGGUCGGCCAAUCGAUAAUUCUUUCAAUCGAAAAAUUGGAUAUUGUCAACAAAUGGAUAUUCACGACGAGAGUAGUACAAUUCGCGAAGCCUUUGAAUUCUCAGCUUUGUUACGCCAGAGUCCAGAGACUCCAAAGGACGAGAAAUUGGCAUAUGUGGAUACCGUUUUGCAAACCUUGCACCUUGUGGAUUUCCAAAAUGCAGUUAUUGGAUCAUUAGACAUCGAAAAGAAAAAGAGAGUCACAAUUGGUGUUGAACUUGUUGCCAAACCUAGCCUUGUCUUGUUCUUGGAUGAACCGACCAGCGGCCUCGACAGCCAAGGUGCCACCAACAUUGUGGCGUUACUUCGACGGCUUGCCGACCAGGGACUCGCUAUUCUAUGCACUAUUCAUCAAGCUAAUCAAGAACAGUUUGAGGAGUUUGAUCGAGUUCUCGCAUUGAGUCCUGGUGGUAAGACAUAUUACUUUGGCCCCGUGGGUCCUUCCGGCCAGAAAAUAUUCGAGUAUUUUGCGAAAAAUAGACUUUCCUCUCGGAAUGUCACCAAUGCAGCCGACUUUCUUAUUGAACUCGUUGCUGGUGGAUCAAAGGUCUCUAGCGGAGACAAGACUGACUGGGCGUCUAUCUGGAAGAAUUCCUCAGAGCGAAACGAAAUAAUGAAUGAAAUAUCUGGAUUUCGCUCACGCAUCCAGGCAGUUGUGCCUGCACCUGCCGGUCCUUCCAUUUUCCAGCAGAUUAUUCUCCUUACCCAGAGAACAUCUCGUCAAUUCUGGCGAGAAGCUGAAUACCCCUAUUCUCGGAUCUAUGCAUCUUUCAUCCAUGCGCUUGUGAACGGUCUUACAUAUCUCCAAAUCGGAGACAGCACUACAGAUCUUCAGUCGAAGGCAUUUUCGUGCUUCCUGGUUCUGAUGCUGGUCCCUGAGUUUAUCAACGCCAUUUCAAUGCGUUUCAUCAUGAAUCGCGAUCUAUGGCUCGCGAGAGAAGGACCGAGUGGUAUCUACAAUUGGGUCGCAUUCAGCACUGCCCAGAUAGUGUCGGAGAUUCCAUAUGCCAUCGUUGGUGCAGUUGUCUUCUACGUCCUGUAUUACUUCAUGGUGGGACUACCUUUAGGUUUCGCGGCAGGAUACAGUUUUCUGAUGUUUUUUCUUUUCUUUCUUUUUGCCACAUCUUGGGGGCAAUGGAUUGCUGCUCUGAGCUCUGAUUCCAUGAUUGCAGCUACAUUGAUGCCCAUGUUUGUGAUAGGAGGAGAGCUGUUCAGUGGAGUGCUACAGCAUGGCCAUGAGAUGCCGGCUGUAUGGCACUAUACAAUGUACUAUGCUACCCCCUUCACAUAUUGGAUUGGUGGCGUCCUUACUUCCGUGCUUCGUGGCACGCCGGUGGUUUGCAAAGAGAGCGAGCUGGCAUUCUUCGAAAGCCCAUCCAUUUUGACUUGCCAGGAGUAUGCCGGACCUUGGCUGAUUGAGAAGAAUAUGGGAUAUCUGUCAAAUCCAGCGGCGACUGGGGUAUGUGGAUACUGCGAGUACAGCUACGGAGAUGACUACUUAUCUAGUCUUGGUCUGGACGAUUCGAAGCUUUGGCCUUACUUUGGUAUCUUUCUUGCUUUUACUGUUACAAACUACUUGAUGAUUUAUGCUCUUGUUUACCUGAGAUCUGUUUGGCGGAAAAACUAA